CUCUUUCAAGCUACAUCGGCUCCAGACCAGCGCACUGCUACAGUUUUGGAUAGUUCACUUCUACACGUCGCCUCUGCAUCAAGGUCUUACUGUGAAUCAGGCUAGUGCUUACGUAACGGCCAAAGAUGGAUUGCUGUUGGAUGAUCCUGCUUCCUUUACUGGCCUUGGCCCCCAAGGUGUUUGUUGUGGCCCACCAAGACGACAAUAAGACUGGCAUCGGCAAUAUUAGAAAUAAGAUUGUCACUGCCCAGUUUGAGUGCUAUCAGAAGAUCACUAAGGACACAAAGCUUCACAGGCGAGUGUUGGGAGACUCUGUGUGUAAUAGCACUUGGGAUGGAUGGCUCUGCUGGAAUGAUGUGGAGGCCGGAGUGACCUCAGAGCAACACUGCCCAGACUACUAUCAUGACUUUGACCCCCUAGAGGUGGCAACUAAAAUCUGCACAGAGAAAGGGGAGUGGUUCCAGCACCCUACAAGUAAUAGAACGUGGACUAACUAUACUCGCUGUCAUCUCCACACCCACGACACGAGGAAGACAACACUAAAUCAGUACUACCUGGUCCUCAUUGGCAAUGGUCUGUCACUGAUAUCCUUGUUUAUAUCACUGGGAAUAUUUUUUCAUUUCAAGAGCUUAAGUUGCCAAAGAAUAACACUCCAUAAAAACCUAUUCCUGUCCUUCAUAUUAAACUCAGUGUGCACCAUCAUUUUGUUCACGGCAGUGGCCAACAAUGAGGAUUUAGUCCACCAGAACCCUGUGAGCUGCAAGGUGUCUCAGUUUCUGCAUCUCUACCUGUUGGGCUGCAACUACUUCUGGAUGCUGUGUGAAGGCAUCUACCUGCACACGCUGAUCGUGGUGGCGGUGUUCGCUGAAAAACAGCACCUCAUGUGGUACUACCUGCUGGGAUGGGGGUUUCCUCUCGUACCGGCACUCAUUCAUGCCAUAGCACGGAGCUACUACUACAACGACAAUUGUUGGCUGAGCUCAAGCACAACUCUGCUUUACAUUAUUCAUGGUCCAAUUGGCGCAGCUCUUUUGGUGAACCUGUUCUUCCUGCUCAACAUCAUCCGGGUUCUGAUCACCAAGCUGAAGGUGACCCACCAGGCAGAGUCCAGUCUGUACAUGAAGGCAGUGCGGGCCACUCUCAUCCUGGUACCACUUCUUGGGAUCCAGUUUGUGCUGGUCCCGUACAAGCCAGUGGGCCGAGCCUCCUCAGAGAUCCACGCGUACGUGAUGAACAUUCUUAUGCACUUUCAGGGGCUUUUGGUGGCCACAAUAUUCUGCUUCUUCAAUGGAGAGGUUCAAAGUGUUCUGCGGAGGCACUGGAACCAAUACCGCAUCCAGUUCCGGAGCACGCUGGCCCACCCGGAGGCGCUCCGCUCGGCCUCCUACACCGUGUCCUCCAUGACCUCCUCCAUGACGGAGGUCCACCGCUGCUAUAGCAUUGACGGACACACGGAGCACCUCAACGGCAGGGGCUACACCGACAUCGACAACACCACCAUCUUCAGGAACGAGAACCUCUAUGCCUGAGAAACCACCUGAGGCUCCUGAGGUCACACCUGGGCACUUCUGGUUGGGAAGAGUGAAGAAUAGAGAGAGGACCUUAGUGAAGACUUUAGGGGUGGGCUCUUAACUGCAUACAGUCACUGCCACGGAUGCUGCACUUAUACUGUGACUGAUCACUUUGAUGGAGGAGAAAGACUACAUUUAAAUAUAUGUUUUUAUGAAAGUUACACGUUUAUAAACGUGUAUACACGUUUGUUUUGUGGCCAACACCAGAGAUCACACUUACAUUUAUGGAAUGUUUUUGUCAUGAGGGUCUCUUAGCGAUGACUGUGCUUUCUUGUCGAAACCGCAUGCAUUUUCAAGUUACUCAUGCCACAGAAUCUUGGUGUAUUUUAUAAUAGUAUGCCAGUUAGUGUUAUUUCAGCACUGGAUGAGUGCUUAGCACCAAAACAUGUGGAGGAUCCACUAAUAGAAGAUAUGUUCUACUGAAAUAAUUCUCCAAAUAGCAGAUAUCACAGUACUGAUGAGGAGGUCAUUUGGUUCAACGGACCUCCUCAACAUUAAUAGGAUUUGAACUUUAAAUUUAAGUUAUUCAUGUCAAAGUACCGGCACUAAAUAGAAAAAGAUUGUUAAAUGAAUUAAGAUGUAACAAAACAUGUGGAGGAUCAAAGAAAUCAACGAUGGACGGAUUAUUAACCAGAAAUACUGUACAUGAGUGGAUGCUUCAACCACCUCUAAAAGGUCCCAAAGUCUGAUGCACACCUUGGAAACUGGAACUGCAAAACUACUGGGACAUAUGUAUCAACGUUGCCAUUUUGGGAUAUUGGGAAUAUUCUGGACUGCCAGGAAAUUGGCUAUACUUGGGAAGGAUUAAGAUGGACUUUUGGACUUUCUUUUGGACUCGCAAUAGGAUUGAAAACCUUUUUUCCUUUUUU